UUUCCUGGCCGGGGCGAUGGCAGGCGGCCGGGCAGCGCUUUCCCUCCCUCAGCCAAUUGCAUCUUCAACCCGUAUCGGAGGAUCGCGGGGGGUGAGGCGUGGGAGAGCCCGCGGGCCGGUGCGGCGGGCGCCGGCGGGGAGCUGCGGGCAGCCCCGGCGCCGCGGCAGGCGCGGGAGGACGAGGAGGGAGAGGAGCGAGGAAGAGUCCUGGGGCGGGCAGCCCGCGGGGUCGGGCCGCGCUGGCCGGCCCAGCCGCGUAAAUGCAACCCCUGGGGCAUCGGCUGCUCUCUGAUGAGACCGCUCCAGGGCUGCCGGGGACGGGGCGCCGUCGUGGGGACCGUCACCCUCUGCCUGGCCGCCGGGUGGGCUCUGCAGACUCCCGGAGGAGUAUCAUUAGUUGUCCCACAACCCAACAUCAACGCAACGGUGGCACAAAACAUCUUGCUCUCAGUUGAAUACUCUUGCAGAGGCAUCGCCACCAUUGAAUGGAAGCAUGUGUCGAGCUGGGGCACCACCAAAAUUGUUGAGUGGAAAAGUGGGAAUUAUGUCAACAUAUCCACAGUCUACAAGGACAGAGUGACUACUUUUGAAAAUGGCUCUAUACAGCUUCUCAAUGUGGGUAUGAGAGAUGCCGGCUACUAUUUUAUCACUGUAACGGAGGAGUAUGGAACCAACACCUACGGCACCAUCAUAGUCAACGUUUACGAGAUUAUCUAUGAAGAUUUACAUUUUGUAGCAGUUCUCUUUGCAUUUCUCGCUGCAGUAUCAGCUAUUUUGAUCUGCUUCAUGUGGCUGUGUAAUAAAUCUCUGCAUCUAUUUCAGAAGACGGCGACACACAAACUAACAGCAAGUACAACUGAAGAGAUCGAAUUGGAAACCACUGAGUGUUAGCCAAGGACUGUCUCAUAACAAAAAUAACAAUUCUACCUCAGGAGAAAGUAUUGGCAAGGAAUGUGAGAAGAAACCUAAAAGGUGAAAUGUCUGUGACUACUGUAGAAACAUCCUGACUUGCAAAGCUAAUUAGACAUGAAAGCAGCUGUGUCUGAUGGAGCUGUUUUGACCUGUUAAGACUUUGGCUCUGCUAGCCAAGGUCAAAGUAAAAACGAGUAUGCUUUCAUGCUGAGCACCAACACGUUUUUGUGGCUAAUUAAUAAAAUCUACAGCCUCUACCACUCUUAAAAACAACCAACCAAGCCUCUAAAAUCAACCCAUAAAGGAAAUGAUCAUGGUCUUGAAGGGCACCCACAUUUUGGCUACAGCAAAUCUCCUAUUACAGACAGAGGAGCCAUUAGCAUCCUUCAAUGUAAUAAAUUUAAUGUCUAAUUACAGUAUUACAUUAAAAAAUUAAUUGCAAGGAUUGAAUCCUGUUUAUUGCGCCUUUGCUGCCACUUUUGGGCAUAAGGAAUUUCCUGAAGCUGUGAAGACAAACUGUAAUUCUUCAUGAGACAAAGCAGACUGAAACAACGCGGAGCUGGUCAAAGUUCCCUCAUUUAUGUUUCAAAUUGUUUACACUGCCCUAGGAUACUAACACACAUUUUGUGACAUUACCAGGAAACGUUGUUAAUCAAGGAACUACACACAGGCACCGAAGAGGACGCUGUCCAUAAUCACUAGAGGGGUCAGUGAAAAUACUGAAUAUGUUACACCAGUGGGGUGGCAAAAUUCUGAACAGUUUCACUGUGAAAGAUGUCGAGCCCUUUGCAAGCUUACGCCACCAACAAACAGUCUAUCUGGGAAGAAAAGUUAAAACUGCAUUACUUUGAAAUCUAUUUACAAAUACAGUUCUGAAAUUGCACCUGUUGAGAAGCCACCUUUGCUUUCCUAUGUUGUAAGAAAACGUGAAGUGAUCUAACUAGUAUUUUCUUGAAUCUGCAUAUCACACAUUUUCCACCUGCAGAUCUCUGGGUAGAGCAAGAAAGCACCAAACUGACCGAGCUUCAAAUUAUUCUGUUUUGCUUUUGUAAAGAGAAGGAUUUCGCAGUGUGAAAUAAACUUUGAACAUGUAAGAGACCAUGGACUAGACUCUCUCUGCAGAUUCCCAUGCGGCUUUUUGAGCUGAACUGCUGCUACUUGAGUACUCUCUCACACUUCAGCUCGUAUAAAAGCCUUAUGCAAACACAAGACAGGCUGACAGAGCUUCCCCUCCGGUCAGGGACUGUGAUGCUCAGGUGCAGAGGUAGGACAGGUUAGAUCUGGAAAACCAAAGAAUUUCUCACCAAGUGCGUAACAAUACAAACAGGCUUUUCCCAAAGCACCCCGUAAACAAUACUUUUUAAAAACCAUCCCCAAAUUGAACUGGCCAUUUAUAGUACAAAGGGACUCUCACUCACUCAUAAAUUUGGGUACCAGGUUCAGCUGGUUGCUCCUUCCUGCAUCUAGGGUAAGAGGUCAAAAAAGGUGAGAAACUUAAAAAAAAAAAAAAUAUAUCCCAGCUACAGCACAGCUUAGCAAACUAAGUUUGUAGAACAAACAUUCUUCACUUUAAGUAUCUAUUACCAGUUUUCUGUGUCUUUGAGCAAAUUAAGCUUUGACGACACAGAAGUUGCAAGUGCGUCUUUUUUAAUCACCAAGCUUAAAGCAUUUUGCAAAGUAUCCAUAUAGCAUACGGAAAACAUUAAAUUUUUUUCUGUUUAUCUGUUCCAGAUUAUUUUUUUUCAAUCCCUAAAUCUUAGACCGUGAAUGUGAAGUUAUGCAUUAGGCUGAGCUGAGUAUAUAGCAGGUGCACUUGCCAGACUUAUUCAGAAAGGACGAAAAGUGCAGUUUACACAAAACACCAUUAUUAUCUGCUAACACUGACCUGAAUACUGUAAUUGUCAAAGGAAAAGUCAGGAAACGUGUAGAGACAUGAAUGGCCAUUUGAAUCCAUUGCUCUAAUUGUAGAGAUCACUUACAUUUUUAAACUACAAUAUCUGAAAGCUGCGAUGAAAGUAGGAAAUGACCACUUAAAAUUCUUAAAGAUGCACUGUAUCAGCAGUAAGAAGUUUCCAACUAGCACAGUUGUUCUACCUCCCUCAGCUUGGCUAAAGAUACAGCAACUUCAGGCACCCAUCCUUGGCUAUUGACGCUGGUGCCAACCUCACUUUUAGGUAGCAGUAGCCUAGAUGAACAACAGGGAUUCAAAUAAUAUUCAGUGAGGACUUAAGAGUACAGUUAGCCUAGGUAUUGCUUUCCUUAUAGACAAUUUCUCACCCAUGAAUUUUACCCAGAAUUAAACAUGCUUGCUCUACAUAGGUAGGGGUCACUUAUAAAAUACUCACAUUUUCUUAAACUGAUGUUUGCAAUAUGUAUUAUUAAUGUCAAUAAAAUUUGAUAUACAGAACAUGAGGUUAAGCUGA